AGUUGGUCAUCGAGUUAUUCUCGCACAAGAGAAGGAUGGCUGUUUGGGGGAUUUCAUUGUUGAUUCUGUCAUUGACGUUUCUGAUGCACCGACAUCCACCGAACACAUGGCGUCUAUCAUGGAUGCUCCUACCGCCGCCCGAUUCGAAACAUCUAAAGGAGAGACUGGAGGAACAUGGCAAGACGGAGAAGAGCCAGGAUGAACAGAGACACGGUGAUGAGAAGGCGACGAUAGAGCAGGAGAAGGAAGACAAGAUUGAAGCACCGACAGAGGAGGAAAGCGACGAUCAAAAGACACCACAAGCUACACCUGCCGCACCUUCAAUCGCUGUUCCCUCAUUCAACCUGGACUCGUCAAACACCUCAACAGACCCAGAGACCACUUCAAUGCCGCCACCUUCCCUCCUAACCCCAAACUCUCCUCAACGAGCAAUGCCUCCUCCACCGAAACCGACUACCAAACCAUCAACACCAUCUCUCAUGCCGCCUCCCUCCUUCCCAGCUCCAAACUCAGCACAACGCGCCUCCCAAUCCACCUCCUCAUCCCUCAUGCCACCACCCUCACGACCCACCCGCUCAAGCCUAGGCGUCCCAGCAAUCCCAGGCAGAGCACCACCAACCCUCUCCCCAGCCGCCCAAGCCCGCGCACCACCCCCCCGAAUCGACACUCCAAAAUCCUCCUCCAGCAAAGUAAAACUCGCCCCUGGUUUCUCGCCUCUAGAUUGGGCUUCCCUGGCCGCUUCCAAGAACCUUGCCAAUGUGUCUUCAUUCACAAGAGUUACUCCCUCCUUGUUGAAGGAGAAGAAUGGGAGAAAGGGGAAUGAUGCAUGGAGUGUUUACAAUGGGAAAGUGUAUAAUAUCACGCCGUAUGCGCCUUUUCAUCCUGGUGGCAAGGGAGAGUUGCUCAGGGCGGCGGGAAAGGAUGGGACAAAGUUGUUUUUGGAGGUUCAUCCUUGGGUUAAUUGGGAGGGUAUGUUGAAUUCAUGUUUGGUCGGCGUCAUGGUUUCGGAGAGUGAAGGCGAGGGCUUGGAUGCCAUGGAUUGAUUUUGUUAGCACUGCAUUUUGUUUCUCCUUUCUACUCAUGAUACCCGGAUAUUAGAGGAAUAGACUGUUGCUG